AUGGACGAUGCAAUGGAAGAUGACGAUCUGGCUGCAGCCAUGGCCAUGUCGAUGGAGGUGGAGGGCCCUGCGGCCAAAGCCGUGCGACAGCUGCGGGAGAAGAACUCCGAAGCACAGCUGGCGGAGGCGAGUUCCAUCCAGGUGCUGUCCACUUUGUUGGGAAACUUGGUGAAGAGUCCUUCUGAGGAGAAGUAUCGAAGAGUGAAACUUUCGAACAAGAAAAUCAGUAUGGCCUUGAGCUGUGCUGGUGCAGAAGAGUUAUUGGGAGCUGCAGGUUUUGCGAAGACAGAGGACCAGUUGGAGGUGCCCUCCGACUCCCCGCCAGAAAAGGUGAAGGCAGAUGCUGAAGCCGCUCUGGAGGCCUUGAGCUUCGUGAAGGGUCACAUGGUGCUGUCAGCGCAGUUGCGCGCUGAAGGCGAAGUUCGCUGUGUGACCACACUCGCAUCCGGCGGCCUUGCUUUCGGCAGCAUGGACAACCUGAUCCGCGUCUACGGCGCCCCUGUCUCCGGCGGCUUUUCACAGCCACGGAUCUUGUCGGGACACCAGCGUCGCGCAGGUGUGGACGGCGUUUUGGCGCUGGUGGUGAUGGAAGGUGACCAGCUGGUAUCUGCUGGGCGCGAUGGCCGCAUCAUAGUGUGGAAAGAUGGGGUUGAGGUAGCAGAUCUGAAGGGCCACGGCGAAGGCAUCCAGGGGACCAACGUCCACGUGGUGAGUUCUCUGGCCACCGACGGCCGGUCCUUGAUCUCGGGCGGUUGGGACAAGACGGUCCGUCUUUGGGAGAAUCAGUCCCAGAAAUUCGUGAUGGCUGGCCACGACAUUGCCGUCAAUGCAGUCGCAGGCCUUUCCAACGGUGACAUUGUGUCCGGCAGUGGCGAUCAAAGCAUCGGCAUCUGGCGCAAUGGGCAGAAGGUGAUGACUCUGCAAGCGAAACAGGUGGUUCGCGCCCUCUGCGCCCUGGAUGGAAGUCGGGUGGCCGCCGGCAGCAACGACGGCUUCGUACGCCUCUGGGACGCGUCCGGGAAAAUGCUGGCAGAGCGGCAGGUGGCACAGUCCUACGUCCUGUCCCUGUCCCGGCACGGUCCAGAGCUGGCCGCGGGCUGUUCUGAGGGACAGGUGGUGAUUCUCAGUACGGAAGGCCUGCAGGUGAAGGAGGAGUUGCAAGUUCUUGGGGAGGCCUACGGCCUGAGUUUCUUCCCCAACGGCGACCUGGCCGUGGCCUGCGGCGACGGCAGCUGCACUGUGUGGACGCGCAGCGCACAAAGGGCCGCUGGGAAGGCGCUGCGAGAUGAGUUUGCCUCCCAGGCUGCUGCCGUGGCGGCGGCUUCCGCGGCGGCCCCAGCGGCUUCAGCUGGUGCGUCCUACGACUUCAACAGCACCGUGGAGUUUGGCGCCCGAAAGCUGACGCUCAGCUGGAACCGUGGCGAAGAUCCCAAGGCUGUGGCCGAUCGAUUCUUGAGGGAAAAUGGUUUGGAUGCCAGACAUGCGGGAGAUGUUAUCGCCUUUGUGAACCAGUCGAUGCAGCAGCAGACGAUUCAGAGCGCGGGUGGCAAAGAUUUCAACUACCCGGUGGAAGUGGCAGAUGGGCGUCGCCUCACCAUUUCCUGGAACCGAGGGGAGAACCCACAGGAGGUCGCCUUAAACUUCGCGCGGCAGCACGGUGGCAUCGCGGCCAAUGAGCUGCCGGACAUCGUGAAUUUCAUCUCGCAGGUUUCUGGAAGUGCAGCUCCGGCCAUGUCAGUCCAGCCUGCGGUCCCACCAGCCAUGCAGCAGCAGCUACUGCAGCAGGUGAUGGCCAUGGGUUUUCCAGAACCUUUGGCGCGCCAGGAGUUUGAGGAUGUGGUGUGGAUGUGGAUAAGUUAUGAUAAGUUGGGGUGUCAAGAAUUGAUCAAACCCGAACGUCACAAGGAGAAGGGUGAUACAGAGGGAGAAGAUCUGCCUGGAACGAUCCAUGCAGACGUCGCUGAACGGCGCUGUGGGCUGCGAUCGCUCCUGGAAUCCAUUAAGGAGGUCUUGCGGAAGUGGGGAUGUCAUGGCCUCAGGAUACGGACCCUGGGGCCCUUGGACCAACGUGUCGUGUUGGUUGUUUUGUUGUGCCGGCAGAGUGUUAUGAAGAGGACUGAGUCGUUGCGAGACUCUGGAGCCAAUGACAGGUUUAGGGAUGCUGAAAUGGGGUGUCCCUGCAAUCGACCACAGCGCGGAAAAGGAGUCGAGCAGUCGAGCACAGAGGACCUCGUCAGUCAGAAACCAGCCAACGAGAUGGAUAAGGCAGAUAUGGGAUACGUCAAUGCUGAGUUGGCCGCCGCCCCAGAGAAGGACACGCAGAAGGAGCAUGAAACCAUGCACCCUGGCCCCAACUUGGCAUUUCUGCCACAGACAAAUGGGCCUGUGAUCUCUAUCGAAGCUUGGUACGGAUUCAUCGCGGGGGUGCCGGUGAAUGAAUUGUUGCACUGCAAGGCUAUGCACGUGUUGGCAAGGGAUUUGUGUGAGAUGCUGUCCAAGCUGGGAAGUGCUGCGAACAUGAUUGUCAGCGACAUCCAGCAAAAUCUUGCCAACGCCAAGGCAGUCUAUGACGAAGCCCCUGACGAGCGGAGCACACUCUCUGCCUUUCUGGAAUUGCCAAAGGGACAUGUUGGUAUUGCAAAGCUGACCUGGUUGUGCAGGGGCUGCGAGUUUUUCCUGGUGAUGCUCAAGAAGAUCUUCAGCGAAAAUUCGGGGAACGCGGCGGUUCAGGCUUAUGAGGAGACCCUUAUGCAAUACCAUGGCUGGUUUCUGCAGAAGAGCUUGAAGAUUGCAUUGCGUGCCCUUCCAUCCAAAGAUAACAUCUGCCAGUCUGACGGUUUGGUCCUUCAAGGACGGAUGGUCAAUUAUGAUGUCGUAAAACCAUUGAUCCUGAAGGAUUAUUGUAGCCACUGA